AUGGAGGGACAAUCAAUUGAACCAACCGAUAUGGGGCCUGAGACGUGGUUCGCGACUGUUAAGCACCGCCACAAUAUCGACUUGAUCGAUGGCUAUGCGGGGGCCGAGUUCUUCGUCGUCGAAGGCGACUCUUUACUACGGUGGGUGUUCUCGGACACCCGCAUCGAUUUCGAUGAAGGGUUCCAGCUGCUGCAUGCAGUGUUUGUCGUGGAAGAGUUUCUACAACGGCUGAGGAGGAGGAGGUGCAACUUUGCACUUGUUUUUUUCGACGCUUGUGAAAAAUUAUGCAUACCGCCGACACCCACAGGGGCGAAGAACGAGUGGAAAUAUCGGUUUGCGAGGUCGGCUAUCGUGGAACAUCUGAUGGGUGUGGAGGGGCUGGUGUCGAAGUUCAAGAGUAUCGAUGAUAUGGGAUUCCGGCGGUAUCUAGAUGAUAAACGACCAUACUUCGUCAUGGCCCACGAUGGAGGGGAUUCCGAAGAUACACGGAGACCCUUAUUAGAAUCACUGAAGAAGUUAAUCGACAUUGGUCAGAAUGUUGCGUUAAUCAAUGAGUGUGAGUUCGUUGAUAGCAAGAUUUUCUCCACCGUCCUUAAAACAAAGUACACCCGCGAGCCGGUAUUUCUUAAAGGAGGGCCAGAUGAUGAGACACCCGAGGAGCAAAAGGAAAAGCUUUCGUUGCCCGAGUUUAGCUCGGCCAGAGAGCGCUUGUCUGUAGCAGCCGUUGCCCGGUCUCUCAAGCAGGAACACCCCGACGGACAACAAGAAUACCUGCAUAGUGUAUUUCUGCUUCAGACUGCAUUGUUGUCACACCUUUCACUUUUGCAGCGAUGUUUCCCUCUCCCCGAAAACGCAAAGUCGGGCCCAGAAUUCCACAACUUCUUGCAACGCAUUACCGCAAUAUCCAAAGAGCUUCUACAAAAUAAUGAGGUUUCGUUCGAGGAUGCCAAGAAUGAUGUUUGCGAUUUCCUUGAUGGGCGGCUUCUAUUGAAACUCAUCCUGCUCACCCCAGAUCCAGUUUCAGAUGCUGUUAAGGAAACCUUCUCGAAGCUAUCCUCCGAGGUGCAUCGUCUUAGCGACGUGACUCUCACCUUCCCCGAGCUUACAGGCACCGAAACCGUUCCUAUCCCAGAUGCAGCACCAGAGAUAGAGCACGCCGAAGACACGGCAUCAGUAGACGAUUCCGGAACUGAAGGAUCAGCAACAGAGGUUGCAUCUUCAAGCUACUCAGAAUCGUCCACCGCAACAUUGACUCCCCGUCAAACGACUAUCCUCCGCUUCACCAACCCUGUGCUCGACCCCUACCUGUCGCAGGUCAAGCUACCGAUUGAAGUGUCCACGCAAGAUGAGGAAAAUACUGAAACUGACGCGGAUAUUCAAGUUGCUCGCGAAACCCAAACCUGGCAAUAUGCGAAAAAGACGGUUGUUGCUGCGCCUGUAAAGGCGGCUAAGAAGCCCUCUCUUGGGGUUGGCAGACUUGGAAAGGUCACACAAGCACCGACAAAGGGACAGCAAGGUGAUAAGUUUGAAAAGAGAGCCGCCGGAAAGGUCAGAAGGUCAGAACAGCAGUACUGCAACCAGAUGAACCGAUAUGCGGCGUCACUUACGGAUUCUACAAACGGUGGUAUCGACCCAAAACUCAUCGUUGUGGAGGAAAAAGGGAAGAAGAAGGAAAAGGGGCCGGAGAACGUACCCGAGGCUGCUGAUAAGACUGCAAAGGGUGGAAAGAAGGUCAUUGGGAAAAAAGAAACUGUUCUCGCGAAAGGAAAGACCACCGUGAAGGAAACCGCACCCAAGGGCAAGACGACGGGAAAGAUUUCAGCUGCCGAGAUCAUCCGCCAAAAUAACUCUGCGAAAAAGGCUGGUAAAGAAGCUAAACUGCAAGACCUUUGGAACAACUUUUUCCGAGACGUAAAAAAGAUCACAGACGAUGAGGAUGCGAUGGCUAGGUUGGAUACAUGGCUGAAGGAGACGAAAAAGACUGUAAAGGAUAAUUCGGAAUGGCCAUUUAUCCAAGCUGAAGGACGGCUGUAUAAAUUGCAGCUUCUCCAACGUCUGUGGACUGGAUAUUGUCGCCGUGGUGAGCAGAAACAGGGAUACAUGGUUGCUGCAGUCCUGUUCGACGAAGCUCGCACGAUUCUCGGUUCGGGAGGCUUGACACAGAAAAUCCAAACUUAUAUCCAGAACAUCUUUCUCUCGCUCGGAAUUGCUAUGCCUCCGGGAAAGCCAAUCAAGACACUCCCCGACCGCAAGCUUUCUAUUCUCUUCGACGCAACCUGGAAUGGAAAAAUAGAGUCUCCCGAUAUUAAACUUGGCAUGUCUAGUGAGGAGUUUCAGUUGUUGCAUUGUGGGCCUUGGAUGGAUCGAAAUAUGGAUUCCGCCCCGGAUCCACGUGUUCCCUUUGAGCCUGAUGGUUGGCAGAGAAAAGUGUUGGAUGAGCUUGAUGGUGAUAAUUCUGCACUUGUGGUUGCUCCAACUUCUGCGGGUAAAACUUUCAUUGCGUUUUAUGCAAUGGAGAAGGUUCUUAAGGAGAACGAUGACGGUAUCCUCGUUUACGUUGCCCCAACCAAAGCUUUGGUGAAUCAAAUUGCGGCCGAAGUUAUCUCUCGAUUCAAGAAGAAUUAUCGUUAUGCCGGAAAGUUUGUUUGGGCAAUCGGAACCAGGGAAUGGACUAUCAACAAGCCUAAAGAAUGUCAAAUUCUCAUCACGGUCCCUCAUGUCCUCCAGAGCAUGCUGAUGUCACCUACAAAUGCCACAUCUUGGACCCCUCGCAUCAAACGCAUCAUAUUCGACGAGGUUCACUCUAUUGGAAACGCUGAAGACGGUGCCAUUUGGGAGCAACUUUUGCUGCUAUCCCCCUGUCCAAUUGUCGCCUUGUCUGCCACUGUCGGCAAUGCAGAGGAAUUCUCCUCGUGGCUCAGAGCAACACAGAGUGCACAGGGCGUCAAUCUCAGCAUGGUACAGCACCCACAUAGGUACUCUGAUCUUCGCAAGUUUGUAUACCGGCCAAAGAAAACUCAAGAGACUAUGUUUAAUGGGCUUCCAAGGACGUCUCGCUUCCAAACUUUAGAGUUUGGCGACGGGAUGACUAGGAUACAUCCGAUUGCUGCCUUGGUGAAUACCAGAAUUGAGAUGCAGGAUGAUUUGUCGCUUGAACCUAAAGACUGCCUCCAACUUUACUGGGCGCUUUCGAAAGCCCAGAACGAGAAAUUUCCUAUCUCUGACGAACUCGAUUACAAGAAGGUUUUCGGGACGAAAGGCGGGGUGAUCGUAAAGAAGGAUGUGGUAGAGUGGGAGGAGAAAUUGAAAGAAGUUGUGAAGGCCUGGAUGAAGGAUAAAACAUCGCCUUUUACGAAAGUGGUUGAAAUUUUAUCAAAUGAGCAGAUCGCAGAAAAGAAAGCUCUUGAAACCAAGGCUACGACCGGCGCAGAAGGUGAGGCAGAGACUAAAACUACUACAGGUGCGGUUAUCGAGAAAAAUGCCUACUUGUAUCAGAAUACACUUAAUCUUCUACAAUCUCUCCAUAACGCGAACGCUUUGCCAGCAAUUCUCUUCAACUAUAGUCGUCAGAAGUGUGAGACAAUCUGUGGAGUCCUUUGUGAACAGCUCGAGGUCGCCGAGACUAAGUGGAGGGAAACCAAUCCAAAGUGGACCAGCACAGUCAAAGCUUGGGAAGCAUAUAUGGCCAACAAGAACGCGCGUGGAUCUAAGGUUCAAAAGAUUGCGAAACCUGAGGCAGGUCAGUCUAAGAAUGAUAUGAUGAGGGAUGCAGGCGAACUCGAGGGAAGCUAUUUGGAUCGGUUCGACCCGAAGUAUCCGAGUGCCGAGUUCUCGUUUGCAGACACCAGGAAGCAGGGAAACGCAGAGUUGGAAAAUGAUAUCAACGACUUGAUUAAGUGGGGAACUCCCCCGAUGCUAGUGAACGCUUUUAAGAGGGGAAUUGGUGUUCAUCACAGUGGUUUGAACAGAAAAUACCGACAAGCUGUUGAGAUGCUGUUCCGGAAAGGGUAUCUUAGAGUAGUGAUCGCUACCGGCUCGCUUUCUCUCGGUGUUAACAUGCCAACGCGUACAACGGUUUUUGCUGGGGACUCUCUCGAUCUCACUGCCUUGAACUAUCGUCAAGCUUCUGGUCGUGCUGGUCGUCGUGGUUUUGACAAUAUCGGAAAUGUUGUCUUCCAUGGUUUCUCAGAAGACCGAAUCAACCGUCUCAUAUCAUCGAAGCUACCUCCUCUUCUUGGUCACUUUCCAAUUGGUGCGUCAUUAGUACUUCGCCUAUUCAUUUUGCUGCAUUCCUCGAAGGAAUCUGCACAUGCGAAGAAAACAAUCAAUAGUUUACUCACUCAGAACCAGCUGGUUCUCGGUGGACAAGCACCCAAGGAACAAGUCCUCCAUCACCUCCGGUUUUCUAUCGAAUACCUCCGGAAGCAGAAGCUUAUCGGCUCCACUGGGACACCAUUGAACUUCGCAGGGUUAAUGAGCCAUCUUUAUUAUGUUGAGGAUUCGGCUUUUGCGCUUCAUGCUCUAUUGAUCAGCGGUUAUCUGCAGGAGGUUUGUAGAGAUAUUUACGAGAAGCCAGAGCAAACCUGCCAAGACCUCUUGCUCGUGAUGGCCCAUAUCUUUGGACGCAGGAAAUGUCGCCCAGGGAUCAAAACUCUUCCCCCAAUGCCGACUCGCAUGAAGCAGAUUCUCAAACAACAGAAUGAUGAUACACUCAAGACAUACACCACCUAUGUCGAGACAUUCGCGAAGGGAUACCUGAACUCUCCGGACAAUAUUUUACCAUUCUCGAAUGUUCAGUGCGGAAAUACAGAGGAGAAGUCCACUACUGGCCCCACAGCUCGUUCGGCAUUCGUAGCGCUCUCCGGUCAUACUGACCACUUCUCAUCCAUCGACGACUUGGUUUCCUCUGUCCGCCUCGGGGUUCUUCCCGAAGGCGCAUCGAUACCCCAUAUCCCGACCGACGACAUGGACUUGAACGGAUACCUCGUCGAUUUCUACAAGCACAGCGAUGUAAACAAGCUUCAAGCUGAGAAUGGAAUUCGUCCAAACAAGGUCUGGUUUGUAUUGAAGGAUUUUUCGGUCGUACUCGAGACUAUCGUACCAGGAAUAAUAGCAGUUCUGAAGGAUGGGCCUGGCGCGUAUUAUGACUUGAGCGGGGGUAGUGGCGAUGAAAAGGGUGAUCUGGAAGAGGUGGAGGUUGUGAGCGAGGAGGUAGAGGGUGAGGAGGAAGAAAUGAUCAAAAAGAGUGAAGGGUUCGGGAAGGUUCUCAAGGCCUUCAAGGUAUUGAGGUCCACCUUUGACGAGAAGUUCAAACUCAUGUGGGCUUAA